AUGAAGGACAAACACCAUUUUGACCAGAACGCCUGGAAAGCUGUGCGGCGAUCAUCCCAAGUCCCUCACCAGCACUAUGUGACCCAUGCAAGGAGUGUUCCUGAUUAUCACGACCAAUACCGUUCUCUCAGUGUUAUAAAACAUUCACUCAAGAAUGAUCAACUCAAUGUUGUCUCCAAUUCAACAGAUCAUGCUCCUUUAAUGAGAGUUGAGACAACCUCCGAUACCAGCAUCAAAGCCCACACAGAACCAUAUCUCCCAUUCAAUGCCAAGUAUGGUCGAUGCCUAGAAAUAUCACACUACGGCACCAACAACACCAUCCGUAUACACCAUGACAAACUUGCUAAAGGUCCCAAAUCAGAACAGCUACGCGCAAUAAAGGUCUACCGGCCAAAUACUUUCGGCUCAUCAGACCAUCACAUGUCCCAUUUCUCUGCUACCCUACUAUCCAAUCUUCAUCCCCAACACCCCAAUAUCGUUCCAAUACUCGAUCUCCUAUACAAUGAUAGCGCUGAGCUCUGUCUUGUCAUGCCCUACUGUGAAGGAGGAAAUCUGCAUGAUCUACUCUCCUGCAGCGGCCCUCUUCCAACUGUUGAAGCCGAUUGUCUCGUGGCACAAAUCCUAGGUGCCCUCUCCUUCUUACACGAGCAUGAUACUGCCCAUCGGAACAUCCGCUUGGAAACAGUUCUUCUCACUGGCUAUGGUGCAGUCAAAAUUGCUGGUUUUGGUGACGGACAUGUGCGUCGUAUUUUGUCGGAAUGCAUGGUUCCAGUAGAGCAAGAGGAACCAGCCCUUCAGCCGGCAUCUCACCCACACCCGUCAACAUCAGCGCAGUGGUCUUUUUCUCUACCUGGUAUUUUUUCAUCGUUCGUCUAUGGAACUCUAUUGCCUCGGGGCGCUAGCUCUGGUCCUGGUAAUGAAGCACCUUCGAGUGCCUGGUUGCCGUUCAUGGGUCUACCCUACAUUCCACCGGAGGGAUUUCGACAUAGAGAUAAGAAUAAGGGCAAUGCAGAUAAAUAUUAUGAAAUCCAAGAUCCUAGACCUGAGGAUGUCUGGGCUACUGGUAUCAUCUAUCUGGCACUAAUAACAGGUCGUCUCUUGUGGCGUAGUGCACGUCCCCAUCAUGAGGACUCUCGAUACUUGGAAUACCGUGAGAGUCGCCGUACGGAAGAUGGUUAUCCCCCUAUUGAAGCACUUGGACAGAGGCGUCGAAAUUCUAUCUACGCAAUGCUAAACCCCAAUUCUCUUAAGCGAAUCACUUCCAUGCAGAUACUUCAGUCGGAAUGGAUCAAUGGCGUUUGUAUCUGUGAAGCAGGGCAAUUGGGCUUAUGA